AUGGAGCUCAGUGAGAACUUGCUGCUCAACCUCUCCCUCCACGGCUCUUCGCCUCUGACCUCGCUCGAGCCCAGUGACCCCGAUGUGACCUGGCCUAAUAUAACACACCUGUAUUUCAAAAGGUUCCGUUACUGUAGUUACCUGCCUUGGAUACCAGACUGCCGCCCGAAGUCAGAUGGUGUAUCAUCUUUCGAAAAUCUUCUGAUAAGGAGGGAGCUCCGUGUGGCAGUAUGGCUUGUCGCAACUUUAACACUAAUUGGCAACCUCACCGUGCUGGCUGGUCGCUUACUAACAAAAGAUGACAACAAGUUACUCUCGCUGUUCAUUCGUAAUUUGGCUGUUUCCGACCUGCUCACGGGCGUGUAUCUCGUCGUCGUGGGCGCGAAGGACCUGCAGUUCCGCUCUGUCUACCAGGAGAACGCCCACGCUUGGAUGACAUCGGGCGGGUGUGCUGUGACGGGCGUGCUGGCCAUGACUUCGACGGAGGUCUCUGUCCUGGUACUAGCCUUCAUGUCGGUCGAGAGACUGGUAUGCAUCGCCCGUCCACUUCGGUCUCCCGGUCUCUCCCUCGCCUCCGCCCGUAUCAUCCUCUCCGUUCUGUGGGUGUGCGGUCUGGCCCUGGCGGUCCUCCCACAGCUCUACUACCAGGGAACCCCCCGAGGCUUCUACGGGACGAACGGCCUGUGUUUCCCUCUCCACCUGGACGACCCGUGGGUUCCCGGAUGGCCCUUCGCAGCUCUCGUGCUCGUCGGCAUCAACCAGAUCGGAGUCCUCGUCAUCCUCCUCUCGUACCUGGGGAUGUUCGUCAGCAUCCGCACCACCCGGUCAUCGACGCCCCUCUCCCUCGGCGACAGAGAGUUCGCUGUCCGCUUCUUCUGCAUCGUCGUCACGGACUGCCUCUGCUGGAUCCCGAUCAUCGUCUUGAAGUAUCUGGCAAUGAUGGGUCUCGACAUACAUCCGAAACUCUACGCCUAUGUUGUCGUGGUUCUUCUGCCCAUCAACUCAGCCCUCAACCCUUUCUUGUACACUUUCACUACUUCGAAAUUUCGGUCGAGAGCUUCACAACUGUGUUCUACUCAGGUCCUGUGUCUUAAGUCGCACGCCGUCGAUAUAGAGUCGGAGGCAACGCGCACAUCGCUGCUUCGAGGCGCCACGUGCAGAGGGAGCGCCGGCGGUAGGGAGGGAAUUCCCCUGCAGACUCAGUUCAUCAUUGCCGAACACCUGGUGGGGAUGGAGAAUGGGGGGGGAGGGGCCAAGGCGACUAGAGUGUGA